GGAGGGUCCUAGGCCAAGGCGCAGAGGCGGCUAGCCCCCCCCUCCCCCCCGCCAAGCCCAAGCGUCCCAUCUGAGGGGCACAGGCAGAAAGAGAAGGCUCGAGGCUUACUGUCUCUCUUCUACUUCUCCCUUCCCUGCCUGGCUUUUGUGUCGGUGCCUGGGAGCUGCGAGGAGGGUGAGCUGGAGGAGGAGGAGGGGGACCUGAGGUGAGAGGCAUCCCCUGCGCGUGCGCGCAUGCGCGGGCACGCACACACUCGCGGACACACUCACGGACACGCACACAUACACUCACAAAGCUCGCUCGCCUCGAGUGCACUAACGUGCCCGUUUUCUUUGUGUGGAGCCCUCGAGGGGGGUUGGGGCCUCAGUCUGGUCCGGUCCUGGGGAGAUGGCGCAGCCCAUCCUGGGCCAUGGGAGCCUGCAACCUGCCUCAGCCGCUGGCCUGGCAUCCCUGGAGCUUGACUCGUCCCUGGACCAGUACGUGCAGGUUCGCAUCUUCAAAAUCAUCGUGAUUGGGGACUCCAACGUGGGCAAGACCUGCUUGACCUUCCGCUUCUGCGGCGGGACUUUCCCGGACAAGACUGAGGCCACCAUCGGCGUGGACUUCAGGGAGAAGACUGUGGAAAUCGAGGGCGAGAAGAUCAAGGUUCAGGUAUGGGACACAGCAGGUCAGGAACGCUUCCGCAAAAGCAUGGUGGAACAUUACUACCGCAAUGUGCAUGCAGUGGUCUUUGUCUAUGACGUCACCAAGAUGACAUCCUUCACCAACCUCAAAAUGUGGAUCCGAGAAUGCAAUGGGCAUGCCGUACCCCCACUAGUACCGAAAGUGCUUGUGGGCAACAAGUGUGACUUGAGAGAACAGAUCCAGGUGCCCUCCAACUUAGCCCUGAAAUUUGCCGAUGCCCACAACAUGCUUUUGUUUGAGACAUCGGCCAAAGACCCCAAAGAGAGCCAGAAUGUGGAAUCAAUUUUCAUGUGCCUGGCUUGCCGAUUGAAGGCACAGAAAUCGCUGCUCUAUCGUGAUGCUGAGAGGCAGCAGGGGAAGGUGCAGAAACUGGAAUUCCCACAGGAAGCUAACAGUAAAACUUCCUGUCCCUGUUGAAACCAAAUGGUGUAAAUCAAGAUCGGCUAUCACCAGUUUUUUUCUUUCCCUUUUUUCCGUGCCUGCAUAGCACUGACAUCUGCUUGUUUCCAUACAAAUUGAUAUUAAAAUAAAAUUUAUAUAGAUUA